AUGUCUGAACAAGAGCGUAUACAGGAAUGCCUGAGGAAGGAAAUAAGGUCACUUCUCAUUUCCACCAAAGAUGGUUUGACCCCACAGCAGUUGGAAAAGGAGUACCUUUUGAUGGUUGGCAACCACUUACCACUCCGAAUCCUUGGGUAUCGGUCCACCAUGGAGCUGGUGCUGGACAUGCCUGAUGUUGUCUGUGUCUGCCCCUGUGGGGAUGGUACUGUAAUACUGAAAGCCAUUCCAGAUGAAUCCACCAAAGGAAUAGCAAGUUUAGUUGCAAAACAGAGGAGCAGCCAUAAGUUUCGAAACUCCAUGCAGAAGGGAAGGGCCAGUGUUUGCUGUGGGCCCAGCUCUCGACGGGGAGUACCUUACCGAGGAAGGGUACCCCCUAUUCUUCCAGCUGUUGUGAAGAGUGAGUUGAAAGACCUCUUGGCAUUAUCUCCUGUUCUCCUUUCUGAUUUUGAAAAGGCAUUUGUCAGGCGAUUUGGACGAUCAUUCCAGUACAUGCAGUAUGGAUUCCUCUCUAUGUUUGAGGUGCUGAAUGCCGCAUCAGAUGUUAUUUCUGUAGAACAGACCAGGGCAGGUUCUUUGCUGACCCUGAAGAAGAGCGUAUCAGAGGGAAGGCAGAGAGGAUGGCCGGCAGGUAAAAAUUUUAUCCAGCCUUUUAGAAUGAAACAGGGGUCAUAUCCCACAGGCUUCCCAGUAGCAAAGGCACGCUUUUCACAACCCACUUCAAACAUGAAACUACCAAAGCAAAUAUUCAAUGUGGAAAAGAUGUCUAAGUCAAAUGUAGCAGAGACUUCAAGGCUGAAUCACUCUGAAAAAUUAAACCAGUUGGAAAACACCUUCAAAUCAGUUAUUGCACAAAUUGGACCUGGAGGGACUAUUGAUCCAGAACUAAAACAUAAGAUAAAAUUUGUUGUAUCCAAGUUUCCGGAAGGUUUGCUUAUUUCUAAACUGCUUGGAGAGUUUGAGGUAACUUUUAAAGAGCAACUUUCACCCAAAAAACUGGGCUUCUUAAAUGUGACAGAGCUUGUUGGAGCUCUUAGUGACAUUCUCCGUGUUGAGUUCAGAGAAGGAGAACAAGACUUGCUGGUGUUUGAUGCUGACAUGAAGCCUCUACCACCUGUUCAAUCAGAUGAGAAAACAGAAGCCAAAGCUGGUGUGUCCAGUCCCCCUAGAAGUUCACUGUCUACUGCUGAUAUCAAGGAGACUACAUGGGGCUGCCUUUCAAAAAGCCGUAAAGAGCUCGAGCAGAAGAUCUGCAGGAAGCCUAACCUGGUGGUCAAGCCUUUGCAGCUGCAAGAAGAAAUGAACAAAUCACAGCUCAGCUUGGCAGUGGCAGAUCCUGAUUUCCCACCAGAUGCUGUACGGGACCGGAAGUUAUGCCGGCUGCCGCCACUGGACACCAGUACCCUGGUGGGGGUCUUUGUGGAGUACAUCAUCUCUCCCAGUCAGUUCUACAUCCGGAUCUAUAGCCGGGAUUCAUCGGAGUUGCUUGAAGACAUGAUGAUCGAAAUGCGGCGCUGCUAUUCGAAUCAGCUGGUCUCUGAUCGAUACACCAUGCCCGAGCAUUUUAUCCAUCCGGGGCAUCUCUGCUGUGUAAGGAUUUCUGAGGAUAAGUGGUGGUAUCGGGUUGUUAUCCAUCGAGUUCUCGGGAAGCAGGAAGUUGAAGUGUUCUACCCAGACUUCGGAAAUAUUGGAACUGUUCAGAAGUCCUCCCUGAGGUUCCUCAAGUGCUGCUACACAAAGCUUCCAGCUCAGGCUAUCCCUUGUUCUUUGGCUUGGGUGAGACCAGUGGAGGAACACUGGACAUCCAGAGCUAUUUUGCAGUUCCAGAAGUUGUGUGGUUUGAAGCCAUUAGUGGGGGUAGUGGAUGAAUAUGUUGAUGGAAUCCUUAAUAUUUUUCUGUGUGAUACAUCCUCAAAUGAAGACAUCUAUUUCCAUCAUGUCCUAAGAACAGAGGGCCACGCCAUUGUAUGCCGAGAAAAUGUCCCUUCUAAGGGUUUCAGAGACCUCAACCCUUUAGCUUUAUACACUAAAUCCAGUGCAGGGCCCGAGGACAUUGUCCUGACAGAACUGGGCUGUCCUUCCCAGCAGCACUAUUUUAAUGAAGACCGAGAGAUAAGUCCACCAUCAAAAGAGAGUGAAUUAUAUACCCUGCAAGAUAUUAAUGAUGGGAAGGCUUUCAGUCACCUUAAAUCAGUCGCCUCAAAGGAGCCAUUAAAGGAUUCUGAAUUCUGUUCUUUGAAAACUCAAGAUAAGAGCUGUGAAGACGAUCCAAAGUGGUCUGUCCCGGAGUUAAAGGGUGUGAAGGAAGAAAAUGAGGAUGAGAUCCCUACUGGAAUGCCAUGCCUGGAGUCAGUAACCAUAGGUGAUGAUAUUUGGGAUGAGAACUGGUUACCUUUGCAGGCUGAAAUGGGAAAAGGAAGUGAUGCUGCCUCCCACUUACUUACCUCAAGCUUUGGUGGACAGAAACCAUAUUCGUCAUGUAAAGAAGUGCCACAGAAGGGUUGGUGUUUUCCUGCACCCAGAGGUACCUGGGACGAGUCCUGGCAGCCUUCAGGCCUUGUGAAUGGGCUGGGAGUAGAAGGACUGGGUGCUCAGGAAAGAAACCCUGAAACAGCCGGGGUUCAAAAGAUAAAUCAACCAGACUUAAAGAGUCCCCCGGAGUCCUCCAUGCUGCCCAAGUUGGAGGAGUUCUGCGUCUCCCUUUUCCAGUCGCAGCAGUCGGCAGAAGGGGGCCAGUUUGAACCCAGCAGCCUUCAGACUCGACCAAAGCAAGUCCAGCUGUCCCCAGCCGCGCUCCGCUCAGCAUCUGCAGUGGGCGACUCCCUUCAGAAGCACUCUGAUUCAGUGGAAAGCUCUCCAGAGUGCCUAAAGAAUGAAGAUUUUUCUAGUAGCCAUGCUAUUACAGUGUUCAAAGGUAAGAGUCAAGGAGCCAUGGACCAGCUGUCUUUGAUUUUGUCUCCUGGGCACCAGAUUUCUCAGAAGCUCUACAUUCCUCGAAGUACAGCCACUGCUGCCUUAGGAGCUGCCGCGCGGUUAGCCACAUCCCAGAGCCUCCUACACUGGUACCCCAGUGUGAAAAGGACAGAAGCAUGAGGGAUGGAGGGAAGCAUAAACCAGAUGCUUGGGGCGUGGUGACUUCCCAGGCCAAAAUAAGAAGGAGGUUUUGAGACAAAACAGUAUUUUGAUAGCCGACGCCUUGGUCUUUCUGUGGGACCCCGCUAGCUUUAGCGUGCUCACAGCCCACU